AUGUUUUCUCAAGACUCCUUUCAAGGAUCCUGUCUCCUCCUCCUCCUCCUCCUCCAAUCAAAGUUCCCUCGUUACGAUCGCGUUCUUGGCUUUUUGCUUUGCUACUCACAGCACGUCGUAAGUUAUGGGGAUUUUCCAUUCUUCGUGAAACACAGCCUCUGCGCAAGCAUGCCACAUCCUUGGUAUGAGGACAAACGGUAUCGCAAAAUCUCUCAAAAAUAUCUUUUCCCAGGACUGCAGACAUCCUUUCGGCAGCAUGCCAUACCCCAGUGAGACCUCUGGCAACGUUGAUACAUCAACGUGACUUUGCAGACUGCUCUGGAUCCAAGCGCAAUUUGGUUACAUUCAUUCCGCACUACAUUUUUAAUGUACGCGUGUUCUAUUGGCCAUCCAGAAGUGUGUUAACUUGCGAUUUUCACCUAACAGGGUCAUCAUGGAUUCACUUUUAACCAUGAAAUAUAUUUGUACAUAUGCCAAGAUCCUUUUGGCAGACCGCUGGCCUUCUUCGCCCGCUCAGCUCUAGGAGAAGCAUGUCGUUUUCGGCCGGUAGGAACUGCUCCUAUUGAAUUCAGGGGAUUUCAACUGAUGUCAGUAAGUUCCAGCAAUGGCUAGUUCUUCAUUGUACCAGCGCUAUGGUUACGUAUCACGACAGAGUUGAGUAGCAUUCGCAAAUACGGUUUGGAUUACCUAAAAGCCCAUGAAAAUUGUCGCUGACGCAACCUUAAUAGGAGUCCACUGCUUAUGACGCGAGUAUUCAACUCACGAUGGAAGCUGAGACAAACAACCAACUCCCCUUCUUUGACGUGCUUGUGUACCGGUGUACAGUUGGACAACUGCAAACUACAGUAGUCAUAAAAGCCACAUAAAAGCCAAAUCAAACAGUUCAGCAACAAACAUCCUGUCAUGCAAGCGCAGUUAUAAGGUGAUACCAUGCUAACAGUGCAGGUACUUUCCAAAAGCCUAUACGUGCGUGUUUCGCCGAUGUUUUGCCGCUGCAUGGCGCAGCCGCGAGGAGUUCGGCUCGUCAGUGGGUCCCCCAACACUCCCCAUCUGUUUUCUGGUAGAUACUCCAGUUUACAAAUUGUCGCUUUUUAAUUUCCUCAGAAAUUAUAUAAGAAGUUAGAAUUGAUCAGUUUAUUCAAGGUCUAUAGGCACAGACCGAGAAGCGCAGUUGUUUCUGCACUCUAUUGCAAAGACUCGUAACACACUGCAACAUGCCAAAAGAUAAAAGGGCCGAAUGACUGUACCUUCAGAGUAUCUUCGCAGCCAAUGGUUAUCCCAGACAUUUUAUCGAGACAAGCAGGCGCCGAGCGCACAGUCGACGGCCGAAUGAGUAGUAACCCGAAGUCUGAAGGGUCAUUCCGUACAUUAAAGGGGUUUCCGACGCGGUCUCUGGACUGUUACAACCCGCCAAAGUAGACAUGGCCCAUCGACCCCAGGCAGAAAUUCGGCGUUCUCUGAUGCAACCUAAGGACACGCUGCCACCCACUGAAAUCCUAGCAGUUAUCUACAAAAUAAGCUACAAUGAGGGCGACCGCAAAUUUAUAUAUGGGAAACUGGGCGGAAAUUGCAGACCCGCCUACAAGAGCACAAAUCGGCGACUCGGAGGCUAGACUAAAACUCUCAACUAACAACGCACAUUGGAGAAAUUGGGCAUGCUUUUGAUCUCCAGAGAGCUACCAUCUUAGGCUCAGACAACACAAAAGCAGAACGGCCAAUCCUCGAGAUGCGGUACUCCGAUGCCAAUUCUAUCAAUGGACAUUUGGACUUUCCUGGGUCAUCAAUUUCAUAGAGCUCAGGACCAAACGACCACAGUGGAAUUAAAAAGGUCACAGCAAGACAGCCCGACGACGAAUUUACUCGGCGAGGAAGAAAAAGAUCCGCCAGACAGACCACGCGAUAGAAGUUCAAUCGCCUCCACCCGACAAAGUGGUGACUUACAAAGCAAGCAGAUAAAACGCCCACCAACCAUCCCCAGAGAAGCCGAGGCAGCGAGAGAAGAGCAAAGUCGAUAAGCAUGAGGUCGACCAACGCGACAUGCCAUUUUAGUUCCUGGUAGAUUAAAUGAAGUUUAGGUUUUCACAAUGGGGAGCCGACCAGGUUCUUCGAAACGUCAGCACCCAAAUAAACCCGUUCCAGUGAACUCAUCUUUUUCCUCAGAUCAUCAAUUCUGAUCUGUUAACUUUGCCAUUCAGAGCAAGUUACUUAUGCCUGCACUCCUAGUAACUCAAUUUGUAGAAGUUCAUAAAGUCCGUCUAUGAAAACAUCAGGGAAAAUAAAACAUAUCAAGUCUCUUUUUGCCAAAAUACUUUUAAAAAACUGUGCAAUAUGGAAAAUCGCAGCUAGUCAACUGUUCAAUUACGUGUUGCAAAAGGGUGCUAUGAGAAUUCGGUUCAUUGAGGCGAGGCAGAUUUUGCUGGAGUUCACCGGUAGAGACGUCGUAAAAAUGGAAGAUUCCACACGGCCACAUGUCGGGAGGCUGGUCGGUGUCCAAGAAAUAAAAGUACAAUCAUCAGGUGUAAUCGGUCACACAGUUUACUAUGUAUUAACGGAACGUUUCUUUCGUAAAAUUACUGUUUUUUGACGAUGGUAGAGUUCACUGAGUUUCAGGACGUCAUUGGGAUAUUAAUGAACAAUUUACGGUUUCAAGUUGCUUUCAAUCGAUUGCCCGGAAAAGUGAGUUCGGCAGGUUUCAUACAAAACUUUCAAAAUAAAACAGCAAGUUCACGAAAGAUUUUGUAUGCAGGCAACGAUUUAGAUACCACUCAUAGACCCAACAAACAGUAAAAAAUGGGACGGUAUUUUGCCGAAGAAUGUUUGUAUACUUCAUCUUUUUGCUGUAAUAUCAGAAAGAAUUGGGAUGUUUGAACCGAUAAUUCUGCAAGACACUGGAAGAGUUCCUGUUGCAGAUGAAAACAUGUAUUUUCUGCCUACAUUAAGGUCAUUUUUGAUAUCUUCUCCCACUUUUGGCUUUCGCCCUACGAUUACAAAUACACCACACAGAGGCCACAUGAAUACGAAAAUAUUAUGCAAACUAAGAAUGUCCGGCCCACUUCCUUUCUAAAUUACGAAUUAGCAGAAGCCAGAAAGCGUAGAACAUAUCUUAUCAUGUGCUGUGGAAUCAAAAUAGCCGCCUUAUGGUAGGUCUUUUUGGCGGUUAUUAGUGGAAUAUUGGCAGACACAAGGAAAAUAUGGGAGUGUUUGUGGGCGUUACUACUGCGUUUUAGGACAAAAAAUCUUACAGAUUCGCGAAUGUUUAUUUCCUUGCAAGGGGUUAAUUUGUCUUCUUCUGAAAAUAAGGUGUUCACUUGUACUUCGCUCCAUCUGAGUUAUUCGGAAUAAAAAGUCGACUUUUCUAUAGGUGAAAGUUGUUUUGAUAACGUUUUUUUCGUUUAACCUAAUGCUCUCUCUCGCAGGCAAACGCCCGCUGAUGCAUAGAUGCGGUAUGUGAAAAUAGGAAAUGGCCUGGCCAUCAGGCGCCGUCGGUCUUUGCCUAAGUUUGUAAACUUUUUACUGGGAAAUAAUGACUUAGUUACGAAUGUUGUCCGAGAAUAGGAAUUUUUAGAAACGCGUAAGGCGAAUAAGUAAAAUGAGUAACUUUUGAGAUGCCUCGAAAUGAUCGGCCAAAUUUUCAUGAUUAUAUUUCAUGAGUUACGUCACCUACUAUAUAUGUACAUCUUUGUUUAUCACGGUGUGCCAAGCGCCGUGGCUUGGAAAACUGCCGACUGACGCCUCAACUCAGACAGCUGCGUGUGUGUGCCUGUGCGGAGUGGCGGACUGGUGGGUCAUGAGACGGGCCGAAACGGCUCCUUCUUAACGUGGCCUCUGGCACUCUCACGUAUAUGAGGAUUGUGUGUGUGGGCCCCCAAACGGACCACAUGUUAGAUGUGCUAGACCAGCACGGGGGCCACAACGGAUUCUGGCAGACGCUGUCUGCGCGCAGUAGCAAAUGCCAACAUGUAGGGGGUGCUCUGGCAGUCCCUGUUGUCGACAGCCGUCGCACAACUGGGAUCACUGUCACGCCCUCCAUAUUUGUGGCGGUAAAAAUCCUGGUUAUUUGUUGUGUGGACCAGGGGGUGCGGUGUGGUGCGCCAAGGUGAGGAUCCGUCCGAGCCAUCCACCUGCGGCCUCCUUCGUCUCCGGUCUUCUUGACUCUGUCUUGACGCCGAACUCAGGCGGGGAAGGAGGAGAGAGUGUGGGUAGAUGCAGCGCAAGUCUACUGGCACUUUAAACUCCUGCGCAAGUCACUAUCCCUGCUCCCACCUCUGCUGUGGGGCACACGAUGGACAUAAUCGAAAUCGAUGGUCGAACCAUCGUGUGUGUAUGUGUGUUUGUGUGGGGUAUAUGGGUGUCAGCGGUGGGUUCACGUGAUGGUCGUGGUGGUCGCUCACUUGCUUGCAGGUGAGACUACGCCUAGCGUUCACUUGCUGGCACUCAACUCUAACCUGUGGCUCCACGUAGCUGGGCUCUGCUCAGCGGACACACCCCGGCAACCGUCUCGACCGGCGGGGUAAACCAUGUGAGGGGGCCCUGUGCGCUGUGCCGUGUGCACAGGGUUUGCGGAUUCCGCUGGAUGGACGGUCGGAUGGAACCUUGCGUCGGCACCGUCGUGACGUGGUUCGUCUCUGCACGCCGCUGGACAGCCGGUGACGUGAUGCAUCUCCACAUCGACAUUGCCUUGACGCGCCCAUCUACGCCGCCGGAGACAGCGGUUUACGGCGAAUUCGAGUCGCUCUCCACUACAACACGAAGUCGUGGCCCUAUAGUGGAGUUCGGCCGUGCCACAACGGCAAAUGGCAGCCAUAUUCAGGGAUGGCACUGCCAGCCCCCGCGAGGGGAGGGGCCUCGAAAAGGUGGCCUAAACAUUGCUGGGCACCACGCCGUCUUCAGGCUAGCCAGGGCCGCAGACGUCUAAUCAAGGUCGAAACAAUCAAAGUCGAAACAACAACAAUACCAAUAACAACAACAACACUACUCGCUCACCUCCUCAUCCUACCUCUUCUUCCUCUUCCUCUGCCUAUUCUUCUCCUUCGUCACAUCCUUCUCCAUCUCCCUCCCGCCGCCCCACUCGUCGCCACUCUGGCAGCCUGGAAUGUUCGUUCCCUUUUAGACAAUCCGAGGAGCAACCGACCGGAACGGAGGACGGCGCUAGAUGCACGAGAACUGGCCCGCUACAAGGUGGACAUCGCCGCACUCAGCGAGACCCGAUUCUCCGAACAAGGCAAACUGGAGGAGGUGGGUGCCGGCUGCACCUUCUUCUGGAGUGGUCGACCCAGGGCAGAGCGACGCGACGCGGGUGUUGCCUUCACCACCCUGAACGACAUCGUGGAACGACUGUCCUGUCUGCCGCAGGACAUCAACGAUCGCCCGAUGAGCCUCCGUCUGCCUCUCCGCGGGCGGGCAAAUUUGCCACCAUCAUCAGCGCCUACUCUCCGCCGAUGAGCAGCCCCGACGCCGCCGCCGUCAGAGACAAAUUUACGAGGACCUGCACGCCCUCUUGGCGACUGUGUCGAAGGCGGACAAGCUGAUUGUCCUUGGUGACUUCAACGUCCGCGUCGGCACAGACCAUACUGCCUGGAGAGGAGUACUGGGUCCCCACGGUCUCCGCGGCUCCAACGACAACAGACUGCUGCUGCUCCGCACCUGCGCAGAACACCGCCUCAUCCUGACGAACACCCUCUUCUGUCUGCCGGAGCGAGAGAAGGCCACCUGGCGGCAUCCUCGGUCGCGUCAGUGGCACCUGCUGAACUACUUCCUCGUCCGGAGGCGAGAUCAGCGGGACGUGCUGAUGACGAAGGCGAUCGCGGGUGCUGACGGGUGGACCGACCAUCGCCUCGUCAUCUCGAAGAUGCGUAUUCGCCUACAGCCUCGCAGGAGACCACAAGGUAAGCGACUCCUAGGUAAGCUGAAUGUUGCCUUGUUAUCUUUGCCUGCUCACUGUCUCCAUUUCAGCAAUGAGCUAGCUCACCGGCUGCCGCUGACGACGCCGCCGCUGCCGAGAACGCCUCCGUGGAGAACCACUGGUGUCAACUGCGAGACACGGUUCAGUCGACGGCGCUCGCCGUCCUCGGUCGCGCUCCCCGUCAACACCAGGACUGGUUCGACGACAACGACGCCGCCAUCAGAAAUCUGCUCGCUGAGAAGAACCGCCUACACAAUGCCUACGUAGAUCACCCCACUGAGGACAACAAAGCUGCCUUCUACCGCAGUCGCCGCCAACUUCAGUAA